AUGGGAGAUGUUAUAUUGUUUGUGGAUGAUUUGCAAACAAGUUGUGCAGUAUCACACUGCAGAAUUUGUCAUGAAGCAGAAUUUGAAAGCUGUAAAAGCUUGGAAGCUCCUUGUGCUUGCUCUGGAACUGUCAAGUUUGCACAUAGAGAUUGCAUACAGAGAUGGUGUAACGAGAAGGGAAAUACAACUUGUGAAAUAUGUCUCCAGAAUUAUGAACCAGGAUACACGGCACCUUCAAAAAAGUGUGAGCUGAUUGAGGCAAUGACGAUUAGAGACAGUUUGGAAAUUCCAAGAAGAGAACAUGAUUCGGAAAACCAAGAAUUAGGAGCCAUAGCCGAGAGAGCCACAGCUGGCACUGAGUACUCUCAUUGCUCAUCUGCCGCGGACAGGAGCGCCUCUUGCUGCCGGUGUUUGGCUCUAACGUUUACAGUCCUUAUGCUUUUGAGACAUCUUUUCGCUACACUCACCGGCGGAACAGAAGAUUACCCAUUUACACUUGUUACUAUACUUAUCUUAAGAGCUUGUGGAAUUUUAUUCCCAAUGUAUGUUGUUUUUUGGACAAUUGCAGCAAUUCAUAGAAGCAUUCGGUAUCAAUAUCAGGAUUCUGAUGAUGAUGAUGAAGACUACAUUUCAAACUCUGAUGGAGAUGAGGGCGAGAAUCAAGAUGGGCAACCGCAUUUAGUCUAA